CAGCAGCCGGGGCCGCCCUCCCGCGGCUGCGAGCUCCGGCACAAGAUGGCGGCGGCCGCUCGCUGGGCCCUGCUGGGCCUGGCGCUGUGGCUCUGCGCGGCCGUCCGGGCCGGCGAGCCGGAGGGGAAGCGUCGGGCCGGGCCGGCCAAGAAGAAGGACAUUCGGGACUACAACGACGCGGACAUGGCCCGGCUGCUGGAGCAGUGGGAGAAAGAUGAUGACAUUGAAGAGGGGGACCUUCCUGAACACAAGAGGCCUCCAGCACCAAUAGAUUUCUCAAAAAUUGAUCCGGGCAAGCCUGAAAGUAUCCUGAAACUGACGAAAAAGGGGAAGACUCUGAUGAUGUUUGUCACUGUGUCAGGAAAUCCCACAGAAAAGGAGACAGAAGAAAUUACCAGCUUGUGGCAGGGCAGUCUCUUCAAUGCAAACUAUGAUGUACAAAGGUUUAUUGUUGGCUCAAAUCGUGCAAUCUUUAUGCUACGUGAUGGCGGUUAUGCCUGGGAGAUCAAAGACUUUCUGAUAAGUCAAGAAAGGUGUGCGGAUGUUACUCUGGAAGGCCAGGUUUAUCCUGGCAAAGGAGCAGAUGAAAGUGAGAAAGGGAAAAACAAAACAAAACCUGAAAAAGCAAAGAAGAAAAAAGAUGCAGACAAGAAAUCUAAAAGCAGCAAAGAGGACAACCGAGCAACCAAGCAGAGAGAUGAUCUAUGACGGUCGCAUUAACCAGACUGAAUACUGCUCUGCUGUUCCUUGAAGGGAAACUGAAGUUUCUGUACAAUUUCUGGCUUUACUGGGGGGAAGGAAGGAAGCAGACAUUACUGAGGUUAAAAGACUUCUAUGUUGAAAUACACCAGUUUACUUAUUAAUGUUGGCCAUUUGUUUAGUUACAGGAAAGGUAAUGUUUAAUGCCAGCGACUGACUAGUUUGUAAUUAUUCAUGCUUUUGUUGUUGUUCAAAGUUAACAUGAAAAUCUGUGUGUCUAAUAUUACAAACUUAAGUGGAAGGGAAGAAAUACCGUCUCGGAAUACACCUGUGUUUACCUGUAGUAGCUGCUGUCUGUCAUGGGUAUGCAAGCUGGUCAUUCAUUCAUCGUUACUCUUAGGUAGCAGAGUUCAUUUCUAAAAGAUUUUUUGGGAAGCCAAUUUGCCAGAUUUAGUUUGCAAAACUGGCUGAAAUUGCAAAGAACAGUGUUACAGUGGCCAAAGGUGCCUGAAAUUACAGGGUUUAGGACGUCUGACUAGACUGCCUUUCUUUAAAAUAAACAAAAACUCUUCUGUCCAUACCAAAAAUCCACAGAAGCGCUUAGAAGCGUAAUAGAAGGCUAGGCAGAUACUCAACUAAUGCACUCCAAAUCAGUACAAAAAGAGAUUCCGUACCUAUCAGAAUUGAUGCUGUUGCAGUUAUGGAAUUACAACACCAACAGGAAAGGUGUUGGGUGAAAGGAAGUCAGAUUCAUGACAUUCAAGUUGUAACUGCUGCCAAAGACCUGUGCCCAUCAAUGCAAAUGGUACGUAUGCCCCAUUAUCUUGACAGUGAGUGAGAAGAUACAACUUUAACUCAAAUUAAUUUGUUUUGCUAAGGGUUUGCUUAAAUCUUUGAAAAAACACUAGUUACAAUAGAGAGUUACACGUGAAGUAGACGUACCAGUUAAUGAUGUCUAAUAACCAGAUUAUGGUGAUUUUUUUUAAUUAUUUUUUGGUAGAUUCCUGAGUGACAUGGUUGACUGUAAAUGAACGUUGAUUUAAAUACAAUGAAGAUUGAUACUUGGGAGCAAGUCCAAUUUCUCUUUGAAAGACUUCAUGUAAUUAGGAAGGUUUAAUGAUAAUGCAAACUGUAUUCAGUUGAAUGCAUGGCUUAGAGUUGCAUUUCCUUUAUCCCUUACUAUGUGUUAAGGACUAAAUGCACCAACUUUUUGUUCCACAUCGUUUAUCGUUUUCCAGAGGAUUAGCACGGUAUUAAUUGUCUUCAUUCAGUAGUUCUAAGAUAACGUUCCUUUGACUUUUUUUUAAGGUGCUAAUAUCCAAGUGUUUUGGAUGAAAGGUCCUAAUUGAACCAUAAUGGUUGAUUUUGUGGAAUACUUCAAUAUCAAAAGUGGGAAACUGUGACUUACUGAAUGCUUGUUCCGAAAUAAAUUAUGUGGCUAAACUUACUGUUUCACUGAGUAGUAAAACCUUUUAAAUAAUAAUACAUUUAGAUAGAUAACUGGGGAGAAACUAACCUGUCUUUGGUUUCUGUAGUUACUUGUAAGGACCGAAUGAUGUUGAUGGAAGUUCCAGGUGAUCAUUUUUGUUUACUUUCAAUGGCAUUUCUAUUGAGUAUUAAAUAAACCUUUCCUACCACACUUCACUAAAGAAUUGUUGGAGUGGAAAACUGAAAACCGUGUAUUUCUUCAGGUUUAACUUUUAUAUAUUACUGUUAAUCCAAAAAUGUGGCAGAGUUAAGUCUCUGUAGAUACUUGGAUAUGGCACUGGGGAGAGAUGUGUAGUCCAUUCCUUGUUCAUAACUAACUGAUCAAUUUGUAAUUUUUUCUGGUUUUGUAUCUCCCUUAUUUUAAAGAAUAUUGCUUCUCAAAAGAUAAACGUUGUUCAAAUGAAACUGUAAAUAUGACGUUGAUCAUGUUUUUGUCUUUUUACAACAUAAAUCUGUAAUACAGAGAUGACAAAUAAGAUUACCAUCAGAAAGGUGUGGAAAUGUUCUGUAGUUUUCCUAAUGUUACGAAGCAUAAGCAUAUGACUUCUUUUUUGAUCAAACUGUUUUUUUUUUCCUGAGCUGAAUAAUUAAGCAAUGUGAAAUAGUAUAUGGUUAAUAUAAAAUCAAAUAUGCUAAGGAGGAGGGACAAAUACUACCCUACAACUCUAGCCCAACUUUUGAGAAUAGAUGCUUGUUUUAGUCAUUCAUAAAUCAGUGUUUACAGUAGGCUGGGUCUCUUCGCAUUCAAGUUAAAAGAACGGGGAGAGACUAGCUUUGAAAUUCAACCAGACAGUUGGCCAAUUGUUUGCUUUUGAGUGAUUAAUUUGAAAUUGCCAAAUGUAGGCAUGUUUUGUACCACAUAGCUCACUUUAAAUGUUUUUUUGUUUGUUUCUUUGUUUUUUAAAGAUUUUGCUAGGUAUUCUGGUGUUUGACUCAUUUUUUUUUUCCCUCAUAUAAAAUACAAAAAAAUGCCUUCAAGUAGACUUUGUCUUGCAUUUUCCUUCUCUCUUCUCUCCCCGCCCUCUGCCACCCAUGCUUUAUACCCAACAAAUGAAUAAAUAUGCUACUAAGUGUAAUGUGUUCAUCUGGAAGUAACGUAACCACCAGCCAGUCUUUCUCCGAUGUCACAGUUCAUAAUUCUACUCCAAAACACUUCAUGUUCCCUUUUAAAUCUCUUUGGGAUCCUAGCACUUGUACUGGUACAGUGUUACAUAAUCAAUGUUAUUUUCUACUCAUCUAAGAGACCCAAAGACAAUAUUAUAGAUAUGUAUAGAAAUAUCUUCAAAAAGUUAUUUGAGGUUGUUAAUUUUCUAGAAGUAACCCAACAAAUGCUGGUUUUCACUGUACCGUGUUGUGCAUUCAAGUCUCACCAGCCUUCCAACAACAGUUUUGUGGCUCUCUAUGCAGGCAAAAGAUACAGCGUUUACAAUGAAGUUCAACAAGUAGGUUGGUGAUUACAGAUCUCCUUGUUCUUGCCUUCUUAUUAAGUUCUACACAGAGGUACGUGGAAAAACAUCUGCUGGCCUGACAGCUAAACUUCUGCUGUUUUUCUCUACUCCAUUUAGUUAUUUCUCUGUUCUAGUGUUGUAAUUAAGUUUUCAAGGUUAUCGUUAUAUUUUAAUCCAGCUGCCCUUCUCAGAAAAAAACAAAAACAAAAACAGUUUGACAAUGGUACCACACACAAUGCGGUUGUAUUUUGUAAAAAAAUUCUGGUUGACAAUAUUUUGUCUGAUAAAAUACUGGAAUUAAUAUCUGUUUUCUUUUUCAAGAUAAUCCUAAUGUAUACUGUUUGCCUGGUGUGUUCUACUGUGUGUGUUUGUUUUUUUUUUUUUCCAAUUAAAAUUCCUAGCUAGAAGAGAACAAGGGCAUUUCCUAUUCUUGAGGGCUUAACAUCAUCAAGCAAAGUAAGUAAGGAAGCUGACAUUUCAAUUACCAGGACAAGGACCUGGAAGACCUGAGAGAAGAAGCGUAUGCAACAGUUGAAUCCUGGUGGUUGAAUUUAGAACAGAACACCCUCACCAAAGACUACAUCUUAUUAUUUAGGAGAUGCAAGCAGUGUAAACAUUGAUUUUUAAAAGAGGAGAAUUCCAGGUGCAGACCUGACUACAUUGCUAAAGUUUACACAUAACAAUGCAAUAAAGUUCAGUGCCAUCAACUUAAUAUAAAACAAUGCCUAUUACCAGUCUUUUAUCUCUAUCUGUUGCACAUUAUUUGUCCUGCUAGCAAAAGAUGCAUAGGAUUUGUAGUUUGCAUUCCUUUCGCAGCUUCUCUUUUAGUUUGUCUCUAACACCAUUCUUGCACUGGGUUGUAGGUGAAGGACACAUUUUUAAAAUUCCGUCUUUAAGUAAGUCCAUUAUGACACACUUAGAAGCUCCCCAGCCAACAGGACUUCAGAUACUCACUUCUCAAAGCAUUUCUCUUCUCUGAAAAGUCAGGUCAGCUUUGGCUUCAAGAAGACCCCACAUUCCCAUCACUGCUUUUAAACUCUUUCAAUUUUCUUUCAAAAAGGAAAUAAUAAAAUAUAAUUCCAUUAAGAUACGGAACAGCCUAUUUUUUGUUUGAUAUUUGGCCACUGUUCUCUUGGGCUUUAUAGCAAGGCUUGGGAAUUAUUUCCAGUCUUUCUGUGGCUCAUUUCCUUUCCUAUUUAAGGAGCAACAGUGCUUGCCUUCUUCAGUUUUCUUUGAUGGCAUGCAUGUUUACAGCAAUGCAAAGACUCCUUGCCUCUAUAAGAUGCAUGGAGAUGCCUCUGUUUAUGCAAAUACCUGUUCCAUUAGUGCUGUGAUGUUUCUGAUUCUUAAGAUUUCCAUCCUACUAUGUGUGUUGCUAUAAUUUCAUUUGAUAAUUCUUAUUCUAUCUGUAUAUCACUGUUUUCAGUCUUUCACACUCAUUUUAACAGGGAAAGACUCUGGACUCGGUUUAUAUUAAAUUGCCAGGAGGUUAGAGCUGCUUGGAUUCAUGAGGGGAAAACACUCUGCUGUUUAAUUUCCAAUUAAAAA